AUGGAACAAGGAGCGGGCAAUAUCGAGCCGCUGGGCGAAGGCGAAUGGCAGAGCGGGGAGGAUACAGCCACGUCGGACUAUGACCCAAGCAUAGCCGAGUCGCGGUAUGGCUCUCUGACAUCCAGCGUGAACGACCACAUCUGGGAAUAUGGAAGACGGUACCAUACGUUUCGUGAAGGAAGAUACCCAAUACCCAACGACGACCUCGAGUACAACCGCGAGUACAUGCGACAUGCCAUGUUCAAGGAGAUACUGGAAGGAAAACUGUUUGUUGCGCCGAUCGGAAACCAUCCCCAAAAGAUUGCCGACCUUGGGACUGGAUUUGGCGACUGGGCCAUCGAAAUGGGAGAAAUGUUUCCUAGCGCAAAAGUAGUAGGCGUCGACUUAUCUCCGAUCCAGCCAGUCUGGAUUCCGCCAAAUGUCGAGUUUGUGGUAGACGAUAUCGAAGACGAGUGGGUGCAAGACUCGGACUUUGACUUUAUCCAUCUGCGCUAUGUCAGCAUUGCGCUCAAGGACAACACGACACUGUUCCGGAGGAUAUUUGAGAACCUCAAACCUGGUGGUUGGGUUGAGUCCGCAGAAAUGAGCCCACACGUUUUCGGCGAUCACACGGUCAGACCUGAUAGCGCGCUGGUGAGAUUUUUCCAUCUAGGGAACGAGGUUCUGUCGACCAGAUACGGAUUCGAGGUUGAAAUCGCCGACCGCCUCGAAGAGUUGAUGCUGAGGAUAGGGUUCAUCAAUGUGCGCAGAAAGACUUACAACGUACCGCUAGGUGGGUGGGCGAGGGAACAACGGCUGCGCGUCAUAGGGCGGCUCAUGAAGGAGGUAAGCAUGGACCUAUGCGUUGCCAUGUCGGCAAGGCCGUUCAUAGAGCACGGAAUAGAGGAGAGGGAGAGAGAGGAGCUCCGCGACAGUGUGAAGGCUGCGCUGAACGACCGGACGGCCCAUGCACAAGUGCCGAUACAUGUCAUAAUAGGCCAGAAGCCGCCAUUGAGCGCGAAUCCCAGCACGGCCAGUUUCGGCAGCGGUCAGCAGCAGCAGCAGCAACAGCAGCAGCAACAUCAGCAGACAUAG